CUUUACCAUACCCGCAUCAGUUACCUGCACGUCUCAACCUUAAGGAAUCCAGGAGCUAUGCAGGGAGCCUGUGUCUGGAUGCUCAGAGUUUCUCUUCUUCUGCUGUUACUCUGGCCGGACCCCCUGCACAGCCAGCACACCGCAGACCACAAGUUAGAGGCACCUCAAAGCGCAGCGACCCAACAGGAGUUCAGGGCAGAGCAUGGAGAGAUCCAGGGCUCCUGGGGAACCUGGGGGUCCUGGUCGACAUGCUCUCGGACCUGUGGAAGAGGAGUUCAGGAGCAGAAGAGACCCUGCCUGCCUGUUUACACUCCAUCCAGAAGAGCCGGUGUUCCCCUGCAGCAGCCCGGUCGUAUCAUUUCAGCCCUGCGGCCAACAGUCCCUCUACAGCACCACCACCACACAGGCAGGGCAUCUAACAUCAGCAGGCACGGAGAGGUGAGGGAGCGGACACAGACCCGGCCUGGUGGACACAGGAGGGUUUCUGACAUUGUCCCAGGGAGGUACGGCUAUGGGAGAGCUCCUUAUGUUUCUCCAGUGGCGACAGAUACAGGCCAGAGCUCCGGUUCACUUCAUCCUCGCAGACAGAGACGCUCUGCUGCACCUGAUGGCAACCACUACACCUCUAGAGGCCACGGUGGGCAAAGGUCAAACAACCUGGACCCCUCCAACAACCUCCGUCCCUACAGCAGACCUCACUCGCAGCCAAGGCCGGAGCAGCAAAAUAGUAACCAAGUCUGGGCCCCUCUCUACCAGCCCGGUUCGGCCAACCAGGCUGAGACUCAGCAGGAGUCAGACGGCCAAACGUCUGGACCCCAGCAGCACCAGGAGAGACCCUACGAUCCCCUGCCUGCUUCCUUCUGCACAGGGGAGCACACACACUACAGGAUCUGCGACAAUAAUGCCUGUCAUCCAUCCAGCAGACACAUCCGAGCUGUUCAGUGUUCUUCAUACAACAACCAGCCUUUCAUGGGCAGACUGUACGAGUGGGAACCUUUCAACGAGGUUUCUGAGGCUCAGCAUUGUGAACUGAACUGCCGGGCCAUAGGGUUCAGAUUCUACGUGCAACUGUCAGACAGGGUGAUCGAUGGGACGCCAUGCGGGAAGAAUGACACCUCUCUCUGUGUGGCAGCAAGGUGUAUGAGUCUAGGCUGCGAUGAGUAUCUCGGUUCAGGAAAGGUGAUGGACAAGUGUGGCGUGUGUGGAGGCGACAACUCAACCUGCAGGCUGGUCUCUGGAGUGUUCAAACACAGUUUAACCAAGAUCGGCUACCACAAGAUAGUAGAGAUCCCAGAGGGAGCCACCAAGAUCAACGUCACAGAAAUGGUGAAGAGCAGGAACUACUUAGCUCUCCGGAGUCGAUCAGGCAGAUCCAUCAUUAAUGGAAACUGGGCGAUAGACCGACCAGGGAUGUACGAGGGAGUGGGGACCAUGUUCACCUACCGACGGCCUAAUGAAAUCCGGAGCACAGCUGGGGAGUCCUUUCUAGCUGAGGGUCCCACCAAUGAGAUCCUGGAUGUUUAUAUGAUCUUCCAGCAGCCAAACCCGGGUAUUCACUAUGAAUACGUUCUACCCUCUGAGACACCAGUCGACCCUCAGCAGCCAAAUCACAGACAUGAAGGGAAUGCUGUAAAAGUACAAGCUGAAUACGACCAUCACCCCAACCCUCGCCAGGAAAAUUUAACUCCUGCAGGUGGGGGGAGGGUUCCUCCUAGUCUUCCUGACAACCACGUUCCCGUCGUACAGCCUCCCAGACGUGUGCGAGAGUACAACUGGAAACAGGCUGGAACCACAGAGUGCAGCGCCUCAUGUGGGAAAGGGUUCAGAUACUCCAUCUUUCAAUGUGUCUCCCGGGUAAACCACGUCCAGGUAUCAGAGACUCUGUGUGACAGCAGCAGCAGACCGACUCCUCAGGAAGAGGCCUGCAACCUGCAGCCCUGCCCUGCCUUCUGGGACAUUGGAGAGUGGUCAGAGUGCAGUAAAACCUGCGGCCUGGGGAUGCAGCACCGCCAGGUCCUUUGUCGGCAGAUUUAUGCCAACCGCACUCUCAACGUCCACACGAGCCACUGUCGACACUUAGAGCGUCCCGAAAUCACCAGUACAUGCCAGCUGAAGAUCUGCAGUGAGUGGCAGAUCCGCUCCGAUUGGACGCUGUGAGUGACAGCUUGCUCGGUGCCAUGUGGGCUGGGUCAGAGAUCACGGGAGGUUCGCUGUGUCAGCAACGUGGGCGACUUUGUUCCAGACGAUGAGUGCAACAUGAAUCUGCGGCCCAAUGACGUGGAGAACUGUGACAUGGGAGCUUGUGCCAAGAGCUGGUUCUACACAGAGUGGGGCAACAGGUGUUCUGCUGAAUGUGGGAUGGGAGUACGAUCCAGAGGAAUCCUCUGCCUGACCAACCACAUCAGUAGUCUUCCUCUGGCGGGUUGCGGCAGUGAGCGGCCCGCCGACUCUCAGGUCUGCAACAACGGCCCGUGUGAGAACCGCAUCGAGUGGUUCACAGGCCCGUGGAGCCAGUGCUCUGCAGAGUGUGGUGCAGGCAGUCAGCAGAGGUCAGUGGUGUGCCUAGUAAAAUCAGAUGAAGGAUUCACCGUCAUGCCACCGUACGAGUGCUCAUCUUUGGAUCGGCCCCUCGGCCAGCAAAGCUGCCACCUGAAGGCAUGUGGAGCAAAGUGGUACCACACCGACUGGAGCUCCUGUUCAAAAACAUGUGAGAGAGGUUUCCGUGUUCGGGAGGUGCGCUGCCUGUCUGAUGACAUGCUCUCCAGCGAGGGCUGUGACGAGAAGCUGAAACCAGCAGACAAGGAGGACUGCAACCCAGAGCCCUGCAUACCUCAAAUAGAUGAGAAUUGCAGAGACAAAUACUUUAACUGCAACGUGGUGGUUCAGGCUCGCCUCUGUGUGUAUGAUUACUACAAGAUGACAUGCUGUGCCUCAUGUUCUCGGGUGGCCCACAGACAGUCCAUCAAGCGGGUUCGCAGCUAGCACUCUCUACCGAAAGCCCAACAUUGGGAAGAACUCAAAAACCGUUGCAGGCACUCUUCCUCCCUUGGCCUGCCCAGGGAAAGGAUUGACAGGACCUUGGCGUAAAUGGGCGCCAAGGACUGAAGCUGAAGAAGGAACACUUCAGUUGAGUCGUUUGGAAACAGCUAAAGGGAAAAAGGAAUAUCUAAGAAUUGUUGAGGCAAGGAAUCCACUCACUGCAUAAACAGAGCGCUGGUUUGGUGAGAGAUAUCAGAAGCAAACCACAAACAUACAAAAAAUGGAUUUUACACAGCAUUUCAAAUUAAGGAUCCACCUUGUUUUCAAACAGAGCAGUUUUCAGCCUCCUACUGCAAAUAACAGCUCUUGAUGUAUUACAGGAGAUUGAAGAGAAGAGUUCCUGAAAACGUUUUAGGAAGACUUUAUAUAAGAAAGUAUAUGAACUCUUUUGUUUUUUUACACUAUGAUGCUCAGAUUUUUGCUCAGAUUUCAUUUGGUGUUUCACUUAUUAUCAACUAUUUAACAUCCACUUUGUUGACCAAAGAUAUGUAACAUUUUCAAGCUGAAGACAAUGACAUUUUUUUUUUUUUUUUUAACAAAUAUUGUGUAUCUAAGCCUAGAUGGUGCUAAAGGUACAUCCAUAACACAGCAUAGAAUCACAAGCAGAAUCUCUGAAUGUCAACUCUUUGUGCCACAGAUGAGGUUUUUCUGAUCAUCUUAACCAGUAAAACCAGUUUUAUUUUCAAUCAUGGAUAACCAUGAGGUUUAAAUGCAGCCUAUGUAACAUGGAUGUACAUAUGUAUGUAUGACAGAGUGAAUGAUAAAGAUCUUUUUUAAGGGUUCUCAAACGGUCCUUCCAGUAACUGGAGAGAAAAUAGCCCUCUUUAUUUAUUUAUGUGGCUCCCCAGGGGAGGACGCUGGUUUUAUCGGCCACCAGUGGCCCCUGUCUGUCUGGCUGUGGGGAUAAAAAGCCCCUGCCAUGUCUCCACCAAUCACAGCCUCUGAACUGACUGUAGGCAUUCCACACCUGGAUGGUAGAAGCAGAUGGUGAAAAAACUCACAUAUUUGGUAGAAAUUAAAUAAAAAUUGCGUGUGUAUUGUCUGUGGGAGACGAUCAUUCCACGAUUCUUGUUAAAUCACCAAUCAUAAAUACAUUGAAUUAUUCAUAUUGUUAAUAUCUGAUUGUAUAGAUGAAUCAUGACAGUAUUUUUGAUUAUUUAUCUGGUACAGUUUAUAUGUGGUUUACAUUUAUAGUACACCAUAUACCCCUUCUUUCAUUUUCAUACAAAACCUACACACUGUACCUCUUGAUUGUUCAAUUGUUUUUGUAUAACAUGUUAUCAGUACCCUCCACGCACAAUAAACAUACCUCUGAUCUGUAA